AGCGCCGCCAGCCCGGCCCCGCCCCUCGCGGAGCAAUCUUUGCCCUCAGGGACCGGGCUUAGGUACAAGAUGGCCGCCGAGCGCCCGGACUCCCCGAUUCCGAGCUCACCGACCCGGGAGUCGCCAUCCCCGGAGCCGCCGAACCUGGUCCUGGUGCCUGAUGGUGGCCGCCCUGCCACACCCCCAGGUGACCUCAUCGAGAUCCAGGUGGUAAAAGUCACAGACACCUUAUCACUCCCUGAACCCCCAGAGCCAGGAUCUUUUCAUUGUGCCCUGUGUCCUGCUGCCUUCCGUCUAGUCUCAGAGCUGCUGUUUCAUGAGCAUGGCCACCUGGCGAGCGUGGAGGGGUUUGGACAGGGCGGGGACCCUAGCCGUUGUCACGUGUGUGGCCACAGCUGUCCAGGUCCUGCUAGCCUGCGUGCCCACUACAGCUUGCAUACAGGAGAACGGCCUUACCGCUGUCCCCUCUGCCCACGGGCUUUUAAAGCCUUGGCACCUCUGCUCCGGCACCAGCACCGACAUGGGGUGGAGACAGGCACCUCUGGAAGGAUUCUACCCACAGCAACAACGGGACAGCCGAACUCAAGGGUGGCCCAGGAGAGGUCAGAGGUGGUGAUGGCUGCAGCAGCUGCCGGUGCUGUGGUAGGCAAGCCUUUCGCCUGCAGGUUCUGUGCCAAGCCCUUCCGACGCUCCUCAGACAUGCGAGACCACGAGCGGGUGCACACAGGGGAGCGGCCCUACCACUGUGGCAUCUGUGGCAAAGGUUUCACGCAGUCCUCCGUGCUGAGCGGUCACGCCCGCAUCCACACAGGCGAGCGCCCCUUUCGUUGCAUGCUCUGCGACCGCACUUUCAAUAACUCUUCCAACUUCCGCAAGCACCAACGCACCCACUUCCACGGGCCAGGGCCCGGAGUGGGAGAGUCUAGAGGCCAACUGAGAUCAUCUUCGGGGUCCCAAGACUCGGGGAGUACAUGUGGGACAGAGAACACUACAGAAGAAGGCUGUAGAGAGCUUGUGAAGGUGAAUGUGGAGGCUGACUGAUAGGCUGGAUGAAGGAAGCAUAGUGUAGGGAGGUGGGUGGGCAAAUGGAGGCAGAGACCACGGAGGGAUCAUGAGCAGUCGGAGUUAGCUGAAAAACGGAACCUGGUUCUGGUCUCCAGAAACCCAUGCUACACUUGAGACUCAGGAAAGAGGUACUUGUGGGUCUGUGGGUGCCCAGAUAUGUCUGUGAAUACAUAGACAGCUGGGCAUGGCAAAGGCCUAUAAUCCUGGUACACUAGAGGCUGAGGCAGGAGGAUCGUGAGGUCCAGACCAGAGCAGGCUGGAAAGCAAGACUUUAUGUACCAACACCUCUGGUCUGAUGAAAUCUUUCGCCUACCUCAACUGGAUUGCACUGGUCCUGGGAUGCCCACCAGACCAUCUCUAAAGGGAUGCUGGGAUACCUUCCCCUCAAAGCCGGAGAGUACCUACCCCGUAUCUCUGGGAUGUGAACCUGCUCCUAGAGACCCACUCUGAACUCUGCUCACCUCUCCCUGCACCCCACAGUGGAGUCUCUUGAACCCGCUCUUCUGGAAGCAGCUGAGAGCACACACCACCCGCAGGCAAUCACUUGGUAUCCCUUUAAGCCUCAGGCUCAGAACCUGUAGUCUCCGAUGUCUACAAAAGAAGUUUCAGAUCUCUCUGUACUCCACUCUGAGGUGGACAGCUUCCUGCUUAGUCCUGGGCAAUUCUGAGGCAGGGUUGGCUGGUGACCACCUUGGUGGGCCAGUACAGGGGGGAAAAGAAGAAAUGACACAGCAGUGAGGGGCUAAAUGGACUUGGGAGUUGGAGCAUGGGGUGGGGACUUCCAGUCUAAUCCUAUUAAAAGACUUUCUGAAAGUCUUCUC